AUGGGGAUCGUGCGGUCGAUGGCCCUUUACGGGGCACCAGUUUGGGCAGACGGUCUGACGGAACGCAACGUUGCUUUGCUGCGAGGUCCGCAGCGCGCGAUGGCCGUCAGAGUAAUAAGGGGGUACCGCACGAUCUCUUUUGAAGCGGCCACCCUUCUAGCUGGAUCUCCGCCCUGGGACCUAGAAGCAAAGGCUCUCGCGUCACUAUAUAGGUGGCGCGGGGAGUUGACUGCCCGGGGCGAGAGAUACCCGCCACGAGUUCUUGAGGCACGACGCUUAGAACUACGUCGUGAAACAAUGGCGGAGUGGAAGAUGCGACUUGUGCAACCUAGCGCAGGGCAUGCCGUAGUAGCGGCAGUAAGUCCAAUUAUGGAGGCGUGGAUCGGCAGAGGGCAUGGUGCCCUAAGCUUCCGGUUGACACAGUCGGUGCAGUGGCUGGGCGACCAUUGCAUCGACUUGGAGGUGUGA